AUGAAAUUCGCACACGAUUUCAGGGAGGAACUCUCCAGUGAAGAUUUCCCGCUUCACUGGGUCAAUUCGGCGAUCCCUUAUGGACAACUGAAGAAGGUCCUGAAGAAAGUCAUCCGUGAAUUGAGUGACCUGGGCUUCGAACCGGAGACUAUGCGUCGUCUCCUCGACCCUACUGCUGACUCACCCGUAGCUCUAAGAUACGGGCUUGACAUCACUGGAAACUCCAGGCGCCUCAGACCCAGACUCACUGUCAUAGUCUAUAGGCAGAACGACGUGGUCGCCAGUGCUCCCCUGUCGUUGUCGUCUUACGCAUUUCUCGAACACCUUGCGUUCAUACAGUCAGGUUCAUGUUACCGAGGUGGCAGUCCUGAAGGUGAAGAUCAUGGUGGCGAUCCACCCGUCCAUCCAGCAGGCUCCCCUGAGGGGCCGUAUUUACGCGACGACAAAUCCCAGGCCAUGCAAGAGCGGAUUGAAGUUCCCCUUGUCUCAGAUAACACAUUCUUUGAGAUACUCCAGAGCGACGUCAACCGUCUCGAAGCAUUGCAAACUCAAGAAGAGAAGUCCAUGAAAGAUGAAAUCGUUUCUCUCGGACUAGAGGUCGCCCACCUCACGAAACCAAGUCGCCUAUCCAAGAACGACCUUGAUCGGUGGCGCGCCAUUUUUGAGCUCUACCUUGAAGCCCAGGUCUUCUUCUCCACCCUCGAGCGCGACCGUGGGAGCCGCAACAGCCACGCGGCGGCUCUACGGUUACGAUGGUUCCAGGAUGAAGUGGCCAAGCGCAGACUUUCCAGUCAGUUUAAGAUGGCCCAGAGUCGGGAGGCUUUGUUGCGAUUCAUGAGACUCAAUGCCGUUCUUCUCAAGAACGUUCGAUUCCAGGAACUAAAUCGUACCGCGAUCCACAAGAUACUCAAGAAGUUUGACAAAAGGACGUCCUUGGGUGUCUCGAAAACAUUCACCCAGCAGGUUCUUUUGGAUAGGUUACUUGCAAGCUCGAUGGCCAAAGAUAUCUGUGCUCAAGUAUCUACUCAGUUGGUCUCUGUUGUCCCUCGGCUGGAUGACUUUAUUUGUCCGAUCUGCUUUGUUAUUGCCUACCGACCGGUGAGGCUCACAUGCGAGCAUGUGUUCUGUAUCCGAUGUGUUAUUAAAAUGCAACGCAGACGAGAGAGGUAUUGUCCACUAUGUAGAGCUGAUGCCGUGAUGUCAUGCUCAGCAGACUCCUUGGACAUCGAGCUCGAACGAUAUAUGCGUAAAUAUUUCCGAAAGGAAGUCAAAGAGAAAGCGCAGGCGAACGAGAUCGAAAGGGGCAUCGAAGAGUACGGCCCCGGAUAUGUCCAUUCUAGCUGUACAGUGAUGUGA